GGUGUGGUGUGUGAAGAGCACUGCUUGGCUCUGGGUGUGUAGACACUGCUGUUUUCACAUUAACUCCUUCCAGAAUGGUCUGCCUUCACCGUCGUCCUGCAUUUCAGAGAGUUUGUCUGGGAGUUUUCUUCUUAGCACUUUGGAGCGUAGUUGUAGGUGACAAGGUGCUGGUGGUCCCUCUGGACGGAAGCCACUGGCUUAGCGUAAAGGAUGUAGCCGAGAGUCUCAGUGCCAGGGGGCAUGAGAUUGUGGUGCUGACACCAGAAGUCAAUUUGCUUUUGAAAGAAUCGAAAUACUAUUCGAGGAGAUUCCAUCUAGUUCCGUAUGACGAAGAGGAGCUCAAGAACCGUUUGCGUUCCUUCGGAAAGAGUUUGUUUUCUGAGAGAUCAUACCUGAUGAGUCCUCUGGUGGAGUACAGGAAUGUCAUGUUUGUCAUUGACAUGUGGUUUAUCAACUGCCAGAGCCUCCUGAAGGACCAUGCCACCCUGAAUUUCCUCAAGGAGAGCAAGUUCGAUGUUCUUUUCACAGACCCGGCCUUACCCUGUGGCGUGAUCCUGGCCGAGUACCUGGGCCUACCCUCCGUGUACCUCUUCAGGGGCUUCCCAUGUUCCCUGGAGCACGUGUUCAGUAGAACCCCAAGCCCUGUGUCCUAUGUACCCAGGUGCUACACAAGCUUUUCAGACCAGAUGACUUUUCCCCAACGGAUGGUCAACUUCCUCGUUCAUUUGUUGGAGCCCGCUCUAUUUUAUUGUCUGUAUUCAAAGUACGAAGACCUGGCAUCAGAUGUCCUCAGGAGAGAUGUGCACUUACCGACGUUGUAUCAGAAGGGUUCGGUCUGGCUGUUGAGAUAUGACUUUGUGUUUGAUUACCCCAGGCCGGUGAUGCCCAACAUGGUCUUUGUUGGAGGCAUCCACU